UGCAGUCGCGGUCCGUCCGCUCUCCGGCACUCACGUCGAAACGAGUCGCAGAUCGCCGCGUCGUCGGAUGACGUGCAUCUUUAAACACCGUUAAUUGUCGAUAAAAAGCUAAUCGGACAAGUGACACCCCCGCACUGAUCGCACGCUCGCGUAACGAUUUAUCCGCAAUUCGAGUCGUUCCGAGGAUUUCGUCAGGCUUCAGAAGGUUUAAGAUCGACUUUAGGUGGUCCACAUCUUCUUCAUCUUCGAAGCUUACGAUUUAAAAAAAAAUUAUGCACGAUAUAUUACGGUCUCGUUAAUUGUUUUUCGUGGAAAUCUUUCUCCUCGUGGCAAAUUUCACGAUUGAUUCCCCAAUUGGAACGCAAUCCAAAUGUCUUCGUUGCAACGUUGCUAUUCUACUCGCCUCGUCGAUCUUGUUAAUGAUCGCUAGAGUUCAUCGACAAACUUCCGCUAUUGACGGUGCGCUUUCCAUUCUGAAUUUCCACGAUCGCAUCGCACGAGUGCGUGACGCUAAUUCGAGCUUAAUUUUCAUUUAAUUGUGUGUGUGUGUGUGUGUGGUUUUUUUUUAUUAAACACGUGAAAGUCGUGGGUUUUCCUGGGGAUCGUCUUUCAGACCGUCGAGAACCCAACGAACAGAGAAAGUCUCACGGGUCGAGGAGCACGUUUUAGCUUCUACAAUUAUCUCGGAACUGUUUCGAACGAGUGAAAUAUGAGAAAUAUGAGAGAUGAAACAUUGCGGUAAAUAUGUACGAAUACACGAAAUAAGAUAGGAAAUUUGUGAACGCGAAUAUAGAAAAAUGAAAGAUAGAGACAGAGGGCCCGAAAGAGAGUUAAAUUGAACUCACAGUUUUAAUUUAAUAGAUUUUUUAACAAACCCCAGAGUAUAGAAUAAAAUCGUAUUAGUGAUCAGUAGAUGAUACGCGGUAUCUAAGCGAGCAAAAUCGAGUAGUCAAGUUCACCAAUAAGACACUAAACGGGAAAAGCGAGAAAAUAUUAUCCUGCAAGUUGCAUUGCUUAGUAAAAUUAAAUUCCUGUUAUAAGAACGAUUCGUGUUAAGCGAUUAAGAGAACCAAAAGACUUAUGCAUCUCUAAUCAAUAAAUAUAAUCAUAAUGAUGAAAUAGACUUGCAUCAAUUUUUCGAGUAUAACAUAAGAUCCUGGGUAGGGUAAAACAGGAAAAUAGCGGUCACUUAAAGCAAAAAUAAAAAACGAAGUAUAUCUUUAUAUUUAUCGUUUAUUAUACGUACUUAUAGAGGAACGACAUUCGUGCCGAGUGUUACAAUUAAAAUCUAAAGUCAUCUAAAUAAUCGUACGCGCAUAAAUAACGUUGCUCUUUUAUCUAUUGAUCAGAAUCCAUUUGAAUAUGCGUCCGCAUAAUGCGUCCGCAUUUCUCAUUCCCAACUUCUAAGGAUGACCGUAUUGAGGCUGCUUCAAUAAAACGCUGAGAAAGGGAUCGUCGAUCGCGCUGCAAUUUGCAUCGGACCGGACGUUCUACAGCUGAAGUCGAUCUGGCCGGCCUGCGUCCAGAUCGACUGACGGGGAGAAUCCGCUCUCCGCGAUCCGGACCUUCGUGCAGCUCCCGCUCGGGCCCCUCCGUCUCGCGUGAUCCAGAAGGUCAUGCGCUAGCUCCGCUCCCCUUGACGGAUGUACCUUGAAAAACGCAUUCGAAUGCACGCACGCAUGCAUGCAACAAUACGGCCGGCCUACCGCACCAUCAUCCUCGCCGCGCAGCGGAGUCAGUGAGUCAGUGAACCGUCCUCCGGUGGCGGUGGCGGCGGAGCGGAGCGGGUUCGGUUUGGCUCGGUUCGCUCGGUGGUUACUUAACGUACUUGCGGUAGAAAGUCGACGAUAGUCGACGACACCGGAUCGACCGGGCUGGACUGGCGCGAUCGUACUACGGUACCUAAUCGCCCGGCCGUCAGGGAAUUCGGGAUCGGCGCGACCCUCCGCUCACUCGCUCGCGAGCGAUCUGCGCAACUCCCCGAUCGAUGGAUCUCACGGGCCGCACGAUCGAUGGUGCCGACGAUCCCGCGACCCUGCUGAUCAUCGAUCCGAUCGUGGGAAACGAUCAUGGCAUCGACGUGCAGCAUCUGAUCGAUUGACAGACGUGUAGUGCGCAUAGAACAGUUAUUUUUUCCCUUUCUUUUUUUCGUUUUGCCCUUGCACCGGAUCACUUUGCGUCGUAAACGAGGAUGGACGGCCUCAUCGAGAUCUUCCUCUUCUGCGGAGUAAUCUGCUAUUUCUUUAAUCUCAGACCCAAUAAAAUGGUAGACGUGUUGUCUACGCGUCUGCAGGAGGUGUACGCCAAGUGGGAAACCAGGACGGAAAUGACGCGAAAUGCGGAACCGACGACCACUCGAUUUUCCCUGGACGGUCUCCGACGAGCCGGGCAGCAGUUCCACCGAAGGAAGAUCCAGGAUCGGGAGCAGUCGCGCAAGGUACGCGAGAGCUCGUUGUACAGCAUCAAGGAGACUGAACCACUGGCGCCCUUGAUCAAACACAGGGCCUCGUUCCUACAUUACUGCUGCAGAACCUGCACGCCCGCUUCCAGGGAUACCUUAGUAAAAUCCGUGCUCAAGCAGCAGCAGCAGCAGCAGCCAUACGGUAUAAAUAUACUGUUGGUUCCACCAGGUUCCACGCUUUUCUCGAGGGUAUUCAACUACGUAUCUUGUGUCUUAAGUUUCAAGAGAUAUGACUAUCCAAUGGUCACGGGGACGGUCUUGAAUGAUGAAAAAUUAAAAGACGCUAUCAAGCUAACCGCGUGGGAGACGGCCAAUAAUGAGGGUUGCAGCGAGGAGAAAGCGCUCGCGAAGGCGAAAGCCAGGGCCAGGAACAUAUUGCUGCAAAUGGAGAGCAGAUGCAGCGACACCCUCCUCAAGAUAGUCUCGUGGCUGGUGUACAAACUGUUGCCCUGUUUUUUACAAUCCGCCGUCAUGUUACCCACUCAAAUAGAGCUGCUGAAGCAGGCGGAUGAUACCGGUCUACCGCUCGUGCUGCUGCCGCUCCACCGCAGCCAUUUGGACUACAUAAUGAUCAGCUUCCUUAUGGUCGCAAAUAAUAUAAGGAAUCCAUUGAUCGCGGCGGGGGAUAACUUGAGGAUUCCAUUUUUUGGAUGGCUUCUGAGAGGUCUGGGUGCUUUCUUUAUAAAACGUCGUAUUGACCCAGAAUCAGGACGCAAGGAUCUUCUCUAUCGCGCAACUCUUCAAACGUACAUCAUGGAGAGUCUUCGUGCCGGACAUAACAUGGAAUUCUUCGUGGAAGGUGGCCGCACGAGAACCGGGAAACCUUGUAUGCCGAAGAGUGGCAUCCUGAGUGUUAUCGUCGACGCGUACAUGGACGGCACCAUCGAGGACGCGUUUCUGAUACCUAUAGCGAUCAAUUACGAACGACUGGUGGACGGAAAUUUCGUUAGGGAACAAUUGGGACAGCCAAAGAAAAUGGAGACUUUUACGUCGACGAUCAAAGCCAUGUGGUCAACGUUAAUGGGUCGUUACGGUAUCGUCAAAAUCGAUUUCUGUCAACCGUUUUCCCUCAGGGAAAUGGUAAAGACGUUCCAAGCUCAGCAAAAUAAAUUAGCUCUAAGAAAUCCAUCGGAACGACCUUUAAAAUACACUAUGUCGAAUUCGUCUCUUUACGGUACGGAUGUAAUCGUGGAAGAACAACGACAAUUGGUGGACAGCAUCGCCCGACACGUUGUAUAUGAUUCGUCUAAAUCUAUGCCGAUUAUGUCAACCAAUGUUGUGGCAUUUUUAUUAUUAAAUAAGUUCCGAGAUGGUUGUACAUUAGACAAACUGGUCGAAACGUUUGACUCAAUGAGACAAGAGUUGGAAUUUGCUGACAAUAACGUAGCGUUUUGCGGAGAGAGCGUUGACAUCAUUAAACACGCGCUGGAUAUCUUGGGACCGGGUUUGGUGACGCAACAGCGACAGGAAAUCACCGAGGCUGUUAACGGCGAUCAAUCCUACAAAUCGAACGUCGUCAUAGCGAUCCGUCCUGUGUCGAUUCUACCGAAUGUGAUCGAGCUGUCGUAUUACAGCAAUACUAUGUUGUUGUAUUAUGUUAUGGAUAGUAUAGUAGUAACUGCUUUGUAUGCUGAAUUGCAGUCCCAGCUCAAUAAUCCGAUCGCGAUCGCAGAGAACAAUAUUACGGUGUUACAAAACAGUCUACUCGAGCGAGCACUUAAGUUGUGUGACAUUCUUAGGUAUGAGUUUAUUUUCUGCCGGCCCUGCCAGGAACUGAGAGACAUAGUUAUUGAAACGAUACAGAAUCUUUCGCAUAAGGGCAUUAUUACCCAGAAAGAGCAAGUUUACCUGGAGGAUGAACUCUGGAGCAAAAGAUACGCGAGAAAUUUUGAUGAUAGUUCGGACGAGGAGUACUCGAGAGAACGGGAAAUCCAAAAGAUUGAAUAUAAAUUGAGCUUAAAGCCAGAACAUUCUAGUCGCAUGGAAUUUCUACAUACAAUGUUACGUCCGUUAAUUGACACGUACACAUGCAGUGCAUUCAAUUUGAGGAAGUUGGUCGACCGAUCGCUCAGUGAACGAGAGUUAACUCAAGAAGUAUUGAGUGAAAUCAAAACCAAAGUAGACGGAGGCGUAGUUAGCUACGGAGAGAGUUUAUGCGUCGAUCCGAUAAAGAACUCCUUUAGGCUUUUCGAAAAAUGGAAUGUCCUGGAGUGCCACAUGCAAGAUAACGUUAAAAUUUUGUACUUGAAAGAGGAUUGCGAUACGGCUGCGGCAACAAAAAAUGUGUACGAUACCAUAGCACCUUUCAAGUGGGUCAGAAAUAUGGAUUAAAACGUGAUGAUACUUCCUACUUUAGUCAAAAAGAGUCUUUGAAUUACUAUUUUUUAUAUCUUUUAUAAAAUCUCAUUGAUAUACGUCCGGGUAUCCGGCAAUAUUUUUUACGGACAUCGUUCGUGGGUGUGUUAAGUACACAACUAUAAAUAGUAUGUGUAUUAUAAUACAUAUUUAAGUACGUACAGCCUGUACAUAGCUUCUUUGAGUGAAGAUAAAAAUUUAAAAAAUACGAUAUAGUAUAUCACUUGUGAAUGUUUCUAAAAGCGCGAUUCACAUUCACAAUGAAAUACUUAAAAGUCCUGUUUCACGAUGUAAAACUGUACAAAUGCAAGAUUAAACUAUAGAUCUAAGUUGGUUGUAUCAUAAAAUAUUUUUACGAAUAAAUAGACAAUAGUACAUAUCACAGAAAGAUGUUUGUAGUUAUCUUGUUAAUAAAAAUAAUUUUGUGUGCAUAUA